AUGAAGUACUUUGCUAAGGAAAUUGAAGCUAUACAAUCAAACGUACGACUUAAAGGAUCCAUAAAUUCUCUAAGUCCCUUCGUCGAGGAUAAGAAUGGGCUUCUUUUGUUGAAAGUGGGUGGGCGAUUGAAGCAUGCAAACAUGCCUGAGGAAAGUAAGCAUCCAUUGUUACUGCCCAAAGAUUGCAUCUUUAGCAAGACACUAGUCGAACAUCUUCAUUAUUCGAACUACCAUUCUGGUCCAAAAGCUCUUGUCGCAUUGACCAGACAAAGAUUUUGGGUAAUAAAUAUUCGAGAGGUAGCACGAAGGGUAGUAAGAAAGUGUCCCCAUUGUGCAAGGUAUAGGCCAAAACUUUAUGAGCAGGUUAUGGGAAACUUGCCUGCUGAAAGAUUGACACCAUCACGUCCAUUUGUUUGUUGUGGGGUGGAUUUUUGUGGUCCGAUAUAUACCUAUUAUAAAAUUCGGGGCAAAGUUCCGUAUAAGACUUAUGUUGCAGUUUUUGUCUGCUUCUCGUCGAAGGCAGUUCACUUGGAAGCUGUGUCAGACCUUUCAGCUGAUGCUUUUAUAGGAGCAUUGAAAAGGAUGAUAGGUCGUAGAGGUCUCCCAAGAGACAUUCACUGUGACAAUGCGACAAAUUUCGUUGGCGCACAGUCAAAACUAAAGGAAUUACGCGAUAUGUUGGCACCCCACUUCGGUGGAAUUUGGGAGGCGGCCGUUAAAGUUGCAAAGGGUCAUCUCUAUCGCAGCCUAGGAGGUGCCAAGCUGUCAUUCGAGGAACUGUCAACUGCGCUGGUGGAGAUCGAGGCCAUAAUGAACUCCAGGCCAAUAACUCCGAUGUCCACAGAUCCCAAUGACGUCGAAGCCCUAACGCCAGCUCAUCUGCUUAUUGGGUCUUCACUAAAAGCAGUUCCUGAGCCAAUUGAAGAAGUCUCCGACAUCAGCUAUCUACAACGAUGGCGACGAAUAAAUGCCGUCGAAACUCACUUUUGGAAGCAAUGGUCAUCAGAGUACAUCCACGAACUCCAAGGACGUGCAAAGUGGGCGUCGUCCAGACCAAACAUCACAGUUGGAAGCCUCGUCAUUAUUCACGAGGACAACCUACCUCCUCAAAAGUGGCUCUUGGGGAGAGUCACGAAAAUCAUCGAAGGUCCAGAUGGUCGAGUCAGAGUCGCCGAUAUAAAAACGUCAAAAGGAGAAUUCAGGCGACCCAUUCGCAAACUCGCAGCGAUUCCAUCUUGA